CUCUCCCACAGGUGAAAUUGAUGAUCUUGUUGAAAAAUUUAGAGCUACCACCGUGAAUCCCACCAAUAUUCCAGACAACACCACAACGAUUUUGAGUGAGAUUGUCGCCACAAAAGAUCCAAAACUUUUCGACAAAUAUGAACUAUCCGAAGAGUUUUUAACCUUAAUUCAAUGUGAUAAUAUCACUGUGUGCAAAGAGGCAUGCAAAUGCAUAGCCGAGCUAACCAAAUCCGAGGAACAACGUAAAAAGUUUACCAAACCGGAAGUGAUAAAAGCGUUUAUUGACUAUCUGCGGAACAUUAACAACGAUUCUGACAAUAUGGAGCUGACCAUACAGAACUGCAGAGCCUUAGGUAACAUUUGCUAUUUGAACGAUGAUGCUCGAGAAAUUAUAUUGGAUCUUAAAGGCGAUAUGGUAUUGAUCAAACUGUUGGACAUUACACAUCUAAAAGAUAAAACGAAUGCUCUGCAAUUUAUAAAAGUAAGAGGGGGCCUGUUAUCCAAUUACUUGCUCGGUGGUGAGACAUUGGCAAAGCGAGCAAUGGAUUUAGAUAUCAUGGCAAAAAUAUCCAAAAUAAUUGCCAUCGGAGUAGAAAAUGUCGAGGAAAAUGAAGAUCUUCUAUUGAAUACCCUACCGCUGAUGAGCAUACUGACGGAAAAUGUGGCUGACUUGAAUUUCGAGCCAAAUGUCAAUCUACAACUUGCUCGCGUACUGGCUGCCUCAACAAAUCCUGAUUUAGCAGAAAUGUGCCUUGAACUUUUACAUUACCAGGCCGAAAAUGAUGACGUGAAAGUGUUGCUAGCCAAAGAUGGACUGUGUGAAACCAUUUAUCAGCUUUUAGAGAAAUACAAAACUCUGGCACGCACCAGUGAGGCACGAGCUCUAAUGAAGCUUGCUUGUGAAUUAAUAGUUCUGGUCUUGACGGGCGACGAAUCCAUGAAUUAUUUGUAUACAACGUCAUUACUGAAAAAUAUGGAAGAUUGGUUGGAUUCGGAUGAUGUGGAUCUAUUAACCACGGGCGUAUUAGCAUUAGGAAACUUUGCCAGAACCGACAGUCAUUGCAUUCAUAUGGUAGAGAAUAAAACGAUGAACAAACUGUUGGAAGUGCUUGCCAAAAAUAAUGGCGUUCGCGAUGACGUACGACUCCAGCAUGCCUUACUGAGUACAUUGCGAAACUUGGUAAUUCCGAAAGCAAAUAAAAGUGCCGUCAUACAAGCUGGACUUGUAGAGACCAUUUUGCCAAUGCUGGAAAUACACCAACCACCGGUCGUUUUUAAGCUGCUCGGUACGCUACGAAUGACAGUCGAUGGCCAAGAAAAAUUGGCGUUGGAACUUUUAAAAAAUUCUACUCUAAUUGAUCAACUGGUACAUUGGAGUAAGAGCUCAGACUAUGCGGGAGUAACAGGCGAAUCAUAUCGCCUUAUGGCCUGGCUCAUAAAGCAUGCCUAUCUUAGUAAAAUUGCCUAUGCUUUGCCACGUAAGGGUGAUGCACCAGCCGAGCAAUUGGCCGAUAAAAUACCCAGCAUGGAUUACGAUCGCAGCAGCUUAGACAAAUUCAUUAGUCACGAGGGAGCCGUUGAGGCGAUGAUAAACAUGCUAACGUCUCAACAUCUGGUUAUGCAAAAUGAAGCCCUGAUUGCCUUGUGUAUACUUUGUGUUGUGUAUUUGAGUUCAUCGUCCUCUAAGCCGGAAGAAUCGGCAACUCAGCUGCAGGAGGCCUUUAUUAAAUAUGACGUUGGUAAAAAACUAGCAGAGCUGAUCAACAAAUCCUCCGAUACAAUGACAAAAGAGAUUGUGGAAAAUUUACAAAACUUUAUAAACCUCUUACGUACCUCCGAAAAGUUAGUGAGUCAUUUAGAAGCGCACAAUAUAAAUGAGCUAUUGAAAACGAUACCGAUUUUAACGGAAUAUUGCACAAUAUAAACGGGUUUAUACUUGAGUGAGA